AUGGGGAGAGGAAAGAUUGCAAUUCGAAGGAUCGACAAUUCCACUAGCCGGCAAGUAACAUUUUCAAAGAGAAGAAAUGGAUUGCUGAAGAAAGCUAGAGAAUUAUCCAUUCUCUGUGAUGCAGAAGUUGGAUUGAUUGUGUUCUCCAGCACUAGCAAGCUUUAUGACUAUGCAAGCACUAGUAUGAAAUCUGUUAUUGAGCGCUAUAACAAGCUAAAGGAGGAACAACAUCAGCAAAUGAAUCCAGCUUCAGAAGUUAAGUUUUGGCAGACAGAAGCAGCAAGCUUGAGACAACAACUCCAGUACUUACAAGAAUGCCACAGGCAAUUGAUGGGUGAAGAACUGUCUGGUUUGGGUAUUAAAGAACUGCAAAAUCUGGAAAACCAACUGGAGAUGAGUUUAAAGGGCAUUCGCAUAAAAAAGGUAUUAUGGCUCAAUUCAAAUCAGAUCUCUUCCAUUUAAGGUUCCAUCCUUAUGAGGGUACCCUGAUGACUCUUUACAUUAUCGUCUA